GCUCGGGGCGGCGGCGGUGGCGGAAGUGGGAGCGGGGCCGGAGUCUUGGCCAUAAAGCCCGGGGCGGCGGCGACGGCGGCGGUGUUAGGGGUUAGCAGAGCGCGGCGGAGCCUAUAAAAACCUGAACUUGGUCUUCCCUGCCCUUUUUCCUCCGUCGUCUCUUCGGCGGGAGCCCUUGCGACGCACACGGCCCGGAGUCCUCAGCGCGGCGGCCGCGUGUGAAGGAUGACCUCAAGGAAGAAAGUGUUGCUGAAGGUCAUCAUUCUGGGUGAUUCGGGGGUCGGAAAGACAUCACUCAUGAACCAGUAUGUAAACAAGAAAUUCAGUAACCAGUACAAAGCCACAAUAGGAGCAGACUUCCUGACCAAGGAGGUGAUGGUGGAUGACAGACUAGUCACCAUGCAGAUCUGGGACACGGCUGGCCAGGAAAGGUUCCAGUCCCUCAGUGUGGCCUUCUACCGCGGCGCGGACUGCUGUGUGCUGGUGUUUGAUGUGACAGCCCCCAACACAUUUAAGACCUUGGACAGCUGGAGGGAUGAGUUCCUCAUCCAGGCCAGCCCUCGGGACCCUGAGAACUUCCCCUUUGUCAUGCUGGGGAACAAGAUUGACCUUGAAAAUAGACAAGUUGCCACGAAGAGGGCACAGGCCUGGUGCUAUAGCAAAAACAACAUUCCCUACUUUGAGACCAGUGCCAAGGAGGCCAUCAACGUGGAGCAUCACUCCUUGAAGAGCAUGAAGUGA